AUGCCUGAUUUAACACAUUUGUUUAAUAGAUAUGUUGAGGUGAUUAAGGAAACCGAAAAUACCCAUGAAGCAACUCAGUGGUCUGAAGAUGUGGAGAAGAGAAAGCAAUUGAGAGGAAAGUUCCGCGUGGAAGAUAGUUUUAUUAAGGAGUGUUAUGAGCUUCUGAAACAUAUAUUUGAGCUUAAGAAGGUGAUUUUAUCAUUGGAAAAGUCGUACAUGAGUGAAGUAGAGAUGUCAGAGAAGGAAAAGGAUGAUUUUGAUGUGGAAGCUAGAUUACAAUUGCAGCAGUAUAUAGAAAAACUAAAGUAUUUGGAGCGCUAUGAAAUGAAAAGGCAGAACCUAAUGGAGUCUAAAGCGCUUAUAGAUACUGCAACUGACCUUUUUGGUCUUCUCAGUGGUAAAUCAAAAGAAAUCAACGAAUUUCACAAAACAAACAACCAAUUUAGAAAUGGUGUACUGCAAUCGGUGGGCAUGUGGUUAUCUAAAACGUCUAUGCAGCUUUCACAGAUGCAAAGAGCACGACUCCACAGACAACAGGAAUUGGAUUCUAUUGAUUUUAAUGCUCAAUUGUAUAUGCGAGCGAAUCAAAUUGCAUCUGUUGCGCAGACUCCCGCAAUAGAAACUACAAAGCAUGAAAUAAAACAAUAUGAGGACACUAUGUCUAUGUUAUCACAACAACAAAUCCAGGAAUUGGAAACGGAGCAUGAAGAACUUCUAAAUCAAAAGACAAAGGAGUUAAUGAAAGUGCAGAAGUUGUCUAAGACAGUAAUGGAAGUUGCAUCGCUUCAAAAUGAACUAGCCACACAUCUUCAAGUUCAGACAGAGAAUAUUAACACUUUGCUUUACAACAAUGAGGAUGUUACUUUGGAUAUACAGCAGGGAAACCGCCAGCUACGAAAAGCUCAAGAGCGCGGUGGAAAAUCUGCGUUGAUGAUCAUCUACAUGUCCAUUAUAUUUGGAUUACUAAUUCUAUUCUUAGACUACAUAAACUAA